GUUUAACUGAGUUUUGUUAUCGGGGUCAUUUAAAGCUGUUUCUAACAAGUCUCUUAGCACCCAGGCUGCUGUACUUAGCGGCCUGUAAUGCCUGAGAACCAAUGGAGACUGAUGAUGAUUGGACGCGGCAUGAAUUAAAACUUAAUAAAACUAAGUUAAAAUGUAAUGUCUCGAGUACUAAUAGCAAUAUAGUUACGUUUUAGGCAUGUAAUGUAAAUGACAGUGAUCUUAUCUUUCUGUGAACUGUAUUUCUUUAUGUCAGGCGAUGGUUUGUUGUGUUAGCCAAUAGCUAACGUAACCGUAUCUUGAUGCGCCUGGACCUUGAAACGGCGUAGUUUACACUCUGACGGAGAACCGACAGUCCUGAGCUUCAGACCAGAAGACCAGUAUACCACCAUGAACUGUGAGAUUGAUGGAGAUAUGGAGAAUCAAGUUGAGCAAGAGGAGAAGAUGAGACUCAUAAACCAAGUGUUGGAGCUACAGCACACACUUGAAGAUCUCUCUGCGCGUGUGGACGCGGUGAAAGAGGAGAACCUUAAGCUCAAAUCGGAGAACCAGGUUCUCGGGCAGUACAUCGAGAACCUCAUGUCUGCCUCCAGCGUGUUUCAGACCACCGACACCAAAAGCAAACGGAAAUAACGUGUGGGUCACGUCUGCUUCAUCCAUCAUCUCCUCUUUCCGGCAUUCAAACUACUAGCUCAUACAUAUAAGCUGCUGUUUGUUUUGUAUUUAUUUUGUCGUACAAUUUACUGAUGCAUCUCUCAGCAUGGUAUGGGUAAUACUUGAAUGGACUGAGCUGCUGCCUUUCCCUGUCAGCUAACUGUGUUACAAGAUAUAACAGGAUGCCUGAUGCAGUUUGUGAUCAGAUAAGUACAGAGCUGGUGUGAUACCACUCCUGUUUAAUUCAUUUAGCAGGUACAUAAUCAAUCUCAGACCCUCUCAUUGACUUCACAACCUUUUUAAAUACUAGACAGCUGAAGUCAGGUUCUUUUAAAAAUACAAUUAUGCUGAAUUUCAGCUUUUUUGGCUUUCCACUACUAACAUUUACAAUGUGCAGCAAGAUUGAACACAGAUAUGUUCUCUUGAAAGUGCAUGACAUCCCAUAACUAAAGUGCAUGAUGUAAAAGGCUAAGGAUGGAUAACCUAAAUUAGUCCUCCCUCACUUGGCAUGUGAUUUUUCUAAUUUAAACCAAGGUUACUGGCAAUUAUCUUAAUGCCAGUUGCUCAACUGGUGCAGAAAGUAUGCAAUUUCUGUAAUUUCCUGACCCACUGGUUUAAACAAAGUACCUCUUCAUAUGUUACAUUAUAAGAGGCCUUUGACUAAACCAAAUGACAUUUACUCGCUUUCAUACUUGGAUUUAUCUUAAAAGGUAUGACUAGCGCACAAACCCGACGUCUUUUGAGCAGGAUCAAUUGGUUGAAACUGGCUCGCAGUGUAAACUGCAGCAUUGUGUUGGAGUUUGCUCUUCGUGGUCAUGUCCUUUGGAUUGAGGGACUUAAAAUGGAUGAAAUAAAUGGAUUUUAGCUUUUACUGCUUUCAAAGACUGAAGUGAGGUUGAGUCUACUGAGUGAUAUUGAUCUGAUUGCUCCAAAGUGUCUGCUUAAGCGGCAUUUAUGAGGACAGAUGCUCUGCUCUUUGCUCAGAGAUUGCUGAUGUGAAAUUUCACUUGCUAUGAAUUAUUGACAUGACACUGAAGCAUCUGCCACAACACUACAUACUCAGUCUGUUUAAUAUUAUUUUUGUGAAAAAUUUCAUGUGUAAUUUAUGUUUGCAAGCACCCGAUGUAAAGUACCGCCUGUUCUGAAAGUGUACAUUUUAUUUUGUUACAAUUAUGCCUUUAAUAAAAUACUUUGCCUUUGCACAAA